CACAAGUGUGAUUCUGUCAUGCCAGGCUGAAGAAUGUACCCCAGGAACUUCUUUGGAGCACCGAAAAAGGUGGAGUUCGAUGAUGUCAUUGCCGAACCAGAAGGCACUUAUUCUGUUGAUUGUGUAUGGAAGACCGCCUAUAAGAUUUUUACCGGAACAAAGAAUUGCUGUUACAAAUUCCUAACCAUACUCUGCGCUUUCCCUAUCGCUUUGGCAGUCGGUUGCAGUUUCGCUAUUUUAUCAUUCCAGCACAUCUGGUGUAUUGGCCCAGCUAUACGUCAUUUCCGGAUCAACUGCCAUAUAAUUCGGCUGUACGUUCGCACCUGUCUUGAUUCCUGUUUAGCUCCCUGUUGCACCGACAUGGGCCUCUUUUUCAGCAGAAUUCGGAUCGCCAAGGGUCCAGGAACAGACGAUCAAGUUGUGUGAUUGUUACGUUUAUCUUAUAACAUCUGGUCUCAGUGUACGAUACAACUGCAUAUGACCAUUUGUAGAGGAACAUUUUGGAAACAGCCUUUCUCUUAUAAUCAACUAUCACCUUUAUAUAACUAAAUCCAAGAGUUAUUUCUCACUCUAAAACUUUUCUUUUUUCCGUUUAAACACUAAAAAAAAUCAUUAUAUAAAUAGCUAAUUACGUCUUUUCAAAUCUUAGUUUUAAAAAAGCAUUAUCAAAAGGCAAAAGUACAAAUUAUUUCAUUCCGGUAUGUUUAUCAUUUCAAAGCUAUAAGAACAUACAUAAACGUGUAGUGCUCGAAACUCAAAAAUAAAACGACCAACUUUCUUCUGAAAUUAAAAUGUUAUACAUAUAUACAUUAUGAUUAAUAUAUUUUAGUUUCUUAGUUGUUGUUUUCAUGUUUGGCAAUUUGAUAGAUAAUGUUUGUAUGGCAUUAUUCAUCAUAUAACAAAGUUCAAUUGUAUAUGUUCUUGACCACCACUUAACAUGAAUGUUAACUAAAACAUAGUGUUUCAUGGAAAUAUGUUCCUACAAAUAACAUUUAUAAAUAUAUCCUCUUUUAUACUUCCAGUAAUGUGAAAUAUCUUAUGGAGUUGUUCAUUUCCUAGUAUUUAUCCAAGGGUUAAAACUCUUGAAUCUGUGACGUUUACACUAUUAUCAAUAAUUUUUUGAACCUUAAAACAUUAUUUUAUCUAUGAAUUGCAUGUACUGUUGAUAACUUUAAAACUAUUUAUGUAACAUAUACUGGAGAAACAUCUCAUAAGCAUGCAUAGUUUAUUACAUUCGCUACACUAUUAUUUAAGAAGUAGUCACUAGUAGACUAGAAAUAAAGAGAGUUCCUCAUGAAACGUUUUCUACAACCUUAUUUUACUUGA